AUGACCCCAUCCCUCCUCAAGACCCCCAACUCCCAAGGUCACGCAACCGACAAAGCCUCUUCUCUCCACGGUAACAAAAACGUCCAGUCCGCAUCCGUGCAAGGUGGUCGCGAGGCGAAGGAAGACACUAAUUCGGGUACAGAACAUGAUGAACCGUUUGACGCUGCUCGACAAGCUGGUCAGGGUGGUCAGAGUAAGCCAGGGAAACAAGGGAAAGGCGCUGGAGAGGGAGAACAAGGUAGUAUGAAGGAUCAAGUUGGGGGACAAGGUGGAGGGGGGGUUGUGAAAGGUGGGAACGAGUUAGCCAGUGGUGGUAGUAUUGGGGAUAGUAUCAAAAAUACAUUCUCGCGCUCCCUUCACACUUCUUCGUUCCUUCGGGCGGACAUUAACCUCCACGGGGACCAAAACCCACACUUGAAACAUUCUUCCCCUUCCUCGAAAGACACAGGCAAAGGCAACGCUGGUCCUAACCCUACUCUCCCGUCUCACAAAGGUACCGGCACUCCUCCUUCUGCUACUGACACCAACGAAAAGUCUCCCUUGGGGACGAAGAAGAAGGAGAAAGAGGGUGAAAAGCCUGGUACGAGGAGUUUACAUACUUCCACCAGGAAGGAAGCCAAGCCUCCUGGAGGGUAUGCCAGGGGAAUAGAUGCGGAGCCGAAACGUACGAGUGGAUACGACGUACCUCAAGAAGCCCUCCCUGCCAAUUUAUCAUCCCCCUAUGCCUCUGAAGCAGCUCCUCCCCCGGAAAAGGGGAUGACACCAAGUAGCGACCUCCCAUAUUCAAGUACGGCUACUGAUCCUCCUAAUGAAGUCUUGGCUACAGCAGCGAAGGAGGGUACGUUGGGGGAAAGGAAUCCACAACCUAGUGGGGACAUAGGGAAAUUGGGGAAUGACGAAGCUUGGAAACAUCGGAAAUGA